AUGCCUCGAGCUCAUCCAAAACGAACUAUGGAGGAAAUAGCAAAUCAGUCGAACUCUAGUGAUGAGGACUACGAUGACCAAGCAUCACGAGCGCGGAAAACUAGCUCAAAGUUGAAGCAGGCGAAAAAACGGCCUGUCAAAAAACAAAAACGGAACGCCGACUCCGACGAUGAGCUAUCCGAAAUCUCGGACACGCUAUCAAUGAUGGAGGAAAUAGAAGAAUCCGAAGACGAGCCGGAAGAUGAUUUAAAUGUGGAGCGGACGCUGCGAGGUUCAGUCAAGCGACAAGCGGCGAAAAACGCAAAAACUUAUAUCAGUUCAAGCUCAGAGAGUGGAUCGGCUGGCGAAGAGGAGGAAGAAGAACAAGAAGAAGAGCAACCAGGAGAUGGCGUGGAAGCUACACCGCAACGCAGAGCACCCCCUAAACGUCUUUUAUUAAAGCUUUCUGUGCCUAAAGUUCCACUUGAAACGCCGCUAUCGUCUCGCUCAAUGCGAUCAACAAGAGCCCGGAGCGCCGGGAUUCAAGACAACGUCGAUGUGAAGCUUACCGCUCGGUUUGGAAAUCGACGUGUUACACGUCAGAACCGUGAUGAGUGCGAGGAUAUCGUUGCGUUAUCCGGAUCCGGCCGCCACGUUGAAAUGGUCCGGGAGGGAACCCGGAGCCCCGUUGCAGGUCCGCGAACCCGUAAGACUGCGAAAACACCCAACCCAACUGACGCGAUAAUAGAAGAGCAUGAACCAGACUCAAAACCGGACCAAGAAGAUAGUAAAGACCAGCCAGAACAAGAUUGCGAAGGGUCUCCGCAGCUGGAGAUCAUGGAAAGCGACCAUCAGGGGAGCUUCGAAGACCAGCUGUUUGCUGUUGUUACCUCCCAUACUGUCACACAUGCACCAAGCCCGCAGGAGCAGACUGGGGACCAAGAAAUGGCCGAUGAGCCAAUUGUUCCGGAGUCCAAACCUGCAGCCGAAGAAGACGAAGAUGAGGAGGAAGAUGCCCCAAUAUUAAGCCGGAGGACCCGGCAGAAUCGAAACCAAAAAAGUGUCGACGCGCCUGCGGAGGAAGAAGAGACAACAAAGUCCCAUUCCCUUCGUCGUUCUACCCGUUCCAAGGCCCGAAAAUCUCCCCGAAAAAGACAAGAUGACGGCAGUGAUUUCGAGCCCGCGGAAGAUGAGGCAGUCGAUGAUGAUCUUUCUGAUUCCGAAACGUCCAAUCAUUCUCCCCGGAAAAAUAGUCAAAAUCCUGAAGAGCCUGACGACAGUAGCAAUGGCCGUCGCUCUCGAUUACGAAAACGACUUGAUAACUCCCAGGCAGGUGUAGAAUCGGAAGCUGACGAAUUGGCUGUAGAACUGGCCGAGCUGAAACGGUCCCGACCGCGUCGACGUUUAGCACCCGAAAUAGUAUACGAAAAGCCCCGUCGGGCCAGAAAAUCUGUUGACUACAGAAUAAUUAGACCAGAAUUGGCGCUGCCGAUAGAGGAGGCUGAAAACGAUAUCACAGAAUCCCCUUCUCGUCGACCUCGUGGUGGUGGUGGCGGUGGAUGGCAACGGACUCUUCUUUCCACCUAUGGCCCCUUUGGCGGUGGCGGGCCGCCGCCUCUUCUGGGUGGACCACACCCUCUUGGGGCUAUUGGAGGCGUUGAAAGUGACAGCAGCGAUGACGAUGCAAUGCAGAAGCCCAAACCGGCUGGAUUGACUGCAGUUGCGGCUCCCUCCAUACUUGCAAAUACAGCCAAUCUUAGCAUGCCAGGCCAGCUUGGCAACAAUGAUGCCGCACAAGCACUGUCAGGCACGCCAGCGAACCUAGGGAAAAUCAAAGAUCGUCAAGCACUGGCGGAUUCUGAUCCGUUAGGGGUUGAUCCCAAUGUCAAUUUUGAUAAUGUUGGCGGUCUUCAAGGACAUAUUGAACAGCUAAAGGAAAUGGUUUCGCUUCCGCUACUAUACCCAGAAGUCUUUCAGAGGCUGCGCAUUGUUCCUCCGCGUGGUGUCUUGUUCCAUGGGCCUCCAGGUACGGGUAAAACAUUGUUAGCCAGAGCAUUGGCCACGAGUGUAAGUACGGAGGGAAAGAAGGUGACUUUCUAUAUGAGAAAGGGGGCAGAUGCACUCAGCAAAUGGGUUGGUGAAGCCGAAAGACAGCUUCGCCUGUUAUUCGAGGAAGCCCGGAAAACACAGCCCAGUAUUAUCUUUUUUGAUGAAAUUGAUGGUCUUGCCCCUGUGCGGUCCAGCAAGCAGGAACAAAUCCAUGCCUCCAUUGUCUCAACUUUGUUAGCUUUAAUGGAUGGCAUGGAUGGGCGAGGGCAGGUCAUUGUAAUUGGAGCGACCAAUCGACCCGACUCUAUAGACCCUGCACUUCGGCGCCCAGGGCGUUUUGAUCGGGAGUUCUACUUCCCGCUUCCUAACACUGAAGCUCGCCGAUCUAUAAUCAAUAUCCAUACAAACAAAUGGGUUCCACCUUUGUCUGACGAAGUCAAGGAUGAAUUGGCAGAUUUGACAAAGGGCUACGGCGGUGCAGACCUACGAGCUCUUUGUACAGAAGCCGCCCUGAACGCGGUUCAAAGAAUAUAUCCACAAAUAUACCAAUCAAAGGAGCGACUGCUCAUUGAUCCUGCGAAGAUCAUUGUUACACCGAAAGACUUCAUGAUAUCACUGAAAAAAAUUGUUCCUUCUUCAGAACGAUCAACUUCAUCCGGUGCUUCCCCUCUUCCUCCUGCCGUUGAGCCUCUGCUGCGCCAUACUUUGAAGGAAAUAAAAGAGCUGGUGGGUCAGGUUUUGCCUCAGAAAAAGACGCUUACUGCUCUAGAAGAAGCGCAGUACGAGCAGCCAGACGAUGAUGCUGGAUUUAGACAUGAACGUAUGCAGCAAGCUUUUGAAAGAUCUCGCGUUUUCCGACCGAGACUUUUGAUCCGUGGGCGACCGGGUAUGGGCCAGCAAUACCUAGCAGCGGCAAUCCUGCAGCACUUCGAAGGAAUACAUGUACAGUCAUUCGAUCUUCCCACCCUUCUUAGCGAUCCCGUCAAAUCUCCCGAAACAGCCAUGGUGCAUCUUUUUGCUGAAGUUAAGCGACAUAAACCAAGUGUGAUUUAUAUCCCCAAUAUUGAAACAUGGUACAAUACUGUCGAAAAGACGGUUAUCUCAACGUUUAUCGGGCUCCUGCGUUCUCUGCCUCCAACCGAUCCGGUUCUUCUUCUAGGAUUUUUAGAAAGCAGCGGAGAGGAUGUUGAUCCUGAAAUGAUGAGGUCAUUAUUUGGCUUCUCCAAGAAGAAUCGAUAUAACAUCUUAGCACCCAAAGACCCAUGGAGACAAGAAUUUUUCCAGGCCAUUAUUGACUACAUAAUAACCGCUCCGAAUGAUUUCCCCGAUCCGCAAAAUCGGAAAAAGCGGAAGCUUGAGGUUCUCGAAAUAGCACCUCCUGAUCCUGCUUUAGCCCCUGCUGCGCCUAGUAAAGAGGAGCUCAAAGCGCAGAAGAAAAAGGAUCGGCAAACGCUGAACCUGCUCAAGAUUAGAAUUCAGCCCAUUAUGGAUCAAAUCAAACGGAGCUACAAAAGGUUCCGUGCUGGCCCAGUUGACGAAGCCCAGAUUCGUUACCUGUUCGAUGACCAAGACCCUAAUGUUGUUACAUCUGAUCUUCCUUUGGAGCAGAGAACCACGUUCAGGCCCUUUGAAAGAGAUGAAGAUAAGUUUGGAAUUCCUGGCUUAAGAGAAGUUGUAUCCGGCAAAUUUUACUACAAUAUAGACAUCGUUGUGAUCGAAAAGCGGUUGUCGAACGGGUACUAUAAGCGUCCGAAAGAUUUUCUUGCUGACAUUAAACGGCUCGCCAAAGACGCAAAAAUGCUUGAUGAUCCUGACCGUCUGCUUAAAGCCAACGAGCUCCUCUCCAAUGUUGAAGUUGACAUUGGGCUCAUUGACCAGACUGAGUCAGCAUUCGUUGCUGAGUGUGAAAAUGUAUAUCUUCGAGAGUUGGAACGAGAACGGCUAGCAAUCGAAAAGGCAAAGAAAGAAGCAGAAGCUGCUGAUAAGAGCAUGGCACCUCCACCGCUCCUGAAUAUAGCACAUGGGGUUGAGUCGUCAAACCAAUUAUCCGGACCGGUUGUUUUGGGAGAAACAUUUGGCAGCACUGACAACGGUGUGCCUCCUGUUCGACCCUACACCCCUAACACAGACAAUGCUGCUCUGACGAAUGGUGACUUACCGCAGGCCGAUACUACGACUCACAAUGUUGAGUAUCGCCCGGACAGCAACGGGUCGAUAUUUGAUAAGAGCGGUGACGUCGACGGGGAUAUUCAAAUGUCUAACUCGGACGAUAUCUCUGGUUUCAGUCGAGAGACCCAAAGCAGUUCUUUUGGGCCAGCAGCUCAACCCAGGCCUCCGCAUUCCUACACUGCGCCAUCCCAGCAACUUCGACAGCAGUCUGGCAUCUCCACCUUAUCUCAAAAGGGGACAAUGACUCCGAUGGCUCCGAAUUCGCAACCUGGCGACUAUACUAACGAUGCGUCGACCACCCAAACUACAUCUGACAAAAAGAACUCGGGGCACUCCGAGUUGCAAUUGCAUACCCAGACAACGUUCAAUUUUUCUAUGCGACAUGAAGGCCCGGACCUUAAUCUUUAUCCGUACCGUAUGUCUGACGACGAGCAGCUUCCAGAUACGCAGAGUGCUUGGGGUUCACAGCCAACUCCCCUGAGGGGUGGUGGAGUGUAUUCCCAGAUCAACUUUAUUAACGGAACACAGCGCAGGUUCGAUAUCCCUGGCUCACAACAUCGACCACCUCCUAUACCUCCAUUUUCUACUCAACCUGAAGCGAAAAAGCCAGCCUCCGAGGCUUCCAAGCAAGAAGAUGAGCCUGAACACCCUGAACUUAUUGUCGAUGAUUCGCUUGUGGAGCAGUUGCAUGCUGAGUUCACAGCAAAGACAGCUGGCUUUUCUGUAGAAGAUCUGGAGCAGAUCAACACUAGCUUGAUGGACUGUAUCUGGAACAUGCGAGGAGAGUGGGACAGAAGGAGGGUUGCGGAGGCUGUGCAUGACGCGUUUGACGAAGUUCUCUCGGAUAUUGAGUCAAUGCAGCUGCUCGAUCAAGGGCCGGCGGCCCGGCCAUUCUGA